AUGCUCGCCGCUUAUUUGAAUCUUUCAUUGACAGCAUCGAAAAUGGGUGAAAAUGUGGAUUGUAUCAAGUAUUGCGAUAAGGCGCUAGAAUUGUCACCAAUCAACGUGAAAGCUCUUUAUCGAAAAGCUGGCGCACGAGCAGCUCUAUCUGAUUUUGAGGAGGCAAAGCAGAUCUAUGAGAAGAUCUUAGAGAUCGAUCCCGAGAAUAAGGCAGAUUAUUGGUCUCUAACUCAACAGAUCCUCGUCGUUCGUCAGAUGAUGAAAGAACAACUGGAGCGUGACAAGAAGAGGUACAAGAACCUUUUCUCGAAAAUCUCGGAUGAUCCAAAGGUUGAAACCAAGCAAAGCCCAUUUGAAGAAAAGAAGGAUGAGCCAGCGACUGUGGCAGCGGAUUCGUGA